CGCGUCACCGCUCGAACGCACGCCGACGCGAUGUCGCUCUUCCUCGACGACGACGCGUUCGACCCGCCAUCUAACGGGUGCGUGAACCGAACGCGAUUUCGCGCGUCCCGUCGCCGCCCCUCGCUCCGUCGGCGGUCGUCGCGCGCGCGCGGGCGUCGCGCUGACGAUGACGCGACGCGACGGGGGAAAGAUCGAACGAGAGCCAAAGGGCACCGUCGGUCGCGAAGCGUCGCCGGCGACGUCUCGCGCGCGUCGUCGCCCUCUCGCGCGCCCGAUUCUGUGUUCGCGCGCGCGGGACGUCGCGCGCGCGGGACGUCGCGCGCGCGGGACGUCGCGCGCGCGGGGACGGGGACUGGGACGGGGACGGGGACGUCGCGCGCGCGGCGUCGCCGCCGCGUCCCGAAACCGUCAUCAGCGUCGUCAUCGGAAAAGAAUAAUAAAAUAAAGCCGCGGCGCACACCCUCUGACCUCUCUCCUCCUCCUCCCGUCGUCCUCGUCCUCGUCCGUCCUCGCGCAGACGCCGCGCCGCCGCGCAGCAACCCCCCGGUCCUCCACCCCCGGGGAACGCGCCGUACGCGGGCCGAAGAAGCGCGCAGCCGCGCGCGCCCGCGGGCUCCGUCUACGCCCCCGGCGCGCGAUCGACGACGACCGCGACCGCGGUCGGCCAGAUGUCCGGACGUCAGCGCCCGGUCCGCCCGGUGUCGUCUCGCGGGCCGACGCCGAGCGCGGCGCCGCCGUCGCCGCACAGCGGCGGGUUCACGAUGGGCGGCGCAACGCGGCCGUCGCCGCCGCCGGGCGGGCUCCGCGGCCGAUCGUCCACCGGGAUCGGCGCCGCGGGGCAGCGAACGUACACGAACACGCUCUUCGACGACGACGAUACAGACGACCGCGGGAAUGCGUUUUCCUCCGGGGACGUCCUCAGCGGCGGCGGCGGCUCCGCGGGCGAUCAGCUCGCGGUGGCGCAGAAGAUGCAGCAGCAGCGCCAGCUCGCCGCGCAGAAGCGACGGGAGCGGCAGAUGCUGUCCGGGACCGUGGAGGCUAAUAACGGCGCGGUGGGACGCGGGGCCCCCGCGCUCGCGCCCGGGUCGUUCCGGCCGCGGCCGCCGGGCGACGGCGCUCCGAUCGGCGGCGGCGCGUACACGAAGCAAAACCCGCUGCUCGCGACGGCGUCGCCGCCGAUGUCCCCCGGCGGACCCGGCGUGGGCGUGGGCGCGUCGCAGUUCGACCGCUCGUCGUCCAUGUACGCGUCCACGAACCUCGACCACCCGGAGCCGCCCGCGGGGGUGUCGAGUUCGUGGGACGCGCGACGCGGCGUGCGCGAGCUGGAACGCGACCUCGAAGCCGCGGGUUUGGACGCGGAGUACGACCCGAACGAGGGGCGGCACCCCGCGGAGGUGGCCGCGGAGCGCGAGCGCGAGCGGAAGAUGGCGGCGGCGCGGGCGACCGGGAGCGCGAAGGCGGUGCGGAUCGCGGGACGGCCGGUCGCGGCGAGGGUCGACGUCGGCGACAGGCGCGCGUUUUUGCAAAAUCCGGGGCCGAAGAACGGCGCGCCGGUGCAGUGCCACAUCGUAAGGAAGCGCAAGAAGGGAUGGAUCCCCGGCACGAAAGGAAGCCACCCGGAGUAUUACCUGUGGCUGGACGGCGCGAACGCCAAGGCGGGGAGCGCGGGCGAGGACGCCAAGUUUUUGCUCUGCGCGCGACGACGGAAGAAGAGCAAGACGAGCAACUACAUCAUCUCCCUCGACGAGGAGGACACCGCGCGAAACAGCGGCAAUUAUUUCGGCAAGGUGCGUUCAAACUUCGUCGGGACCGAAUUUUGCGUGUACGACAAGGGCACCGCGCCCGGGAAGGCGGUCGGCGGCGACGGCGGCCUCGCGGCGUUGAACCCGCGAAGCGAGCUCGCGGUCAUCAAGUACGAGACGAACGUGUUGGGGACGAAGGGCCCGAGGAAGAUGUCCGGCGCGAUUCCCGCCGUCGACGAAAACGGCCGUCGCGCCCAGUUUAACCCGAUCGAUAAGAACGGCACGGACGGCAUGAUGCGCAGCCUGAAGAACAAGGAACAUCAGGACAUGAUCGUGUUGAUGAAUAAGUCGCCCAAGUGGAACGAGUCCAUGGGCGCGUACUGCUUGAACUUCAACGGGCGAGUCACCGCGGCGAGCGUGAAGAAUUUUCAGCUCUGCGACGUCAACGCCGGGGACGGGGAGGACGACGGGCCGACGAUUUUGCAGUUUGGCAAGGUUGGGAAGGACGUGUUCACGAUGGAUUACGCGUACCCUAUGAGCGCGCUGCAGGCGUUCGGGAUUUGCAUGACGUCGUUCGACAACAAGCUCGCGUGCGAGUGAAGCGACGAACGAACGCAAAGGUACUGUACACGUAGCUCAUCUGGGGACAGCCUUGUAACAACUUUUAACAACUUGCUCCCACAGCAAGACUCGUAACAAGU